CUUCCGCUUACGCAUAAUCACCUUCCAUAUUUUCCAGCUUCCAACCUCCUUCGAAAUGCGGGUCUCAUCCGUCCUCGUCGUCUUUGCUGCUACUGGCAUUCUGGCCCAGUCCAGCAGCUCUACCUCUUCCAAGGCAACUGUCAGCUCUUCCACCUCCCUUAGCAGCACCAUCUCGUCUACCACCUCCAGCAUCAAGCCUGCAAACACUUCGACUAUCCUCGUGACCUCAUCUUCAACCAAGCCCGCCAACGCAACCUCUGUUGUAGCUUCUUCCACCUCCAAGCCCGCCAAUACCACCGCUGCUUCUGCCACAGCAAAGCCAGCUUCCGGAGCUAUGGGCGCAGUCGAGGCUGGAAAAUACUUCCUUGGUUUUGCUGGUCUAUCAGGAAUGGCCCUUGCCUUCCUGUAAAUUUCUAGGCCUAUGACCUGCUCGGAGAUGAAGAUUUGUUCUUGGGGGAUAAAGCAGAUAUUGGGACGGGAAGGAGAACAAUGCUAUCUCAGGCGUAUUACGAGCAGAACAUGUCGCUCGGUUCUUACGUUCGAUCAGUCAAUGUUAAUCUACUCUUUUGAGAGGAAACUUCUUGUACAUAAUUAGAAAAAUCAAAUGUAAC